AUGAAACUCUCGAGCCUCGUUGUCGCCGUUGUGGGCUUUGCAUGGUUUCCCUCCAAUGCCCUGUCAAAGCCAGGAACCCCAGGAUCUACCCAAGAUCCUUCCAGGUGCGCCAAUCAACUCUCCAAGGAUACUGACCAUGCUUUUCUAACCUCGUCGUUCUUUUCACUCCUCGCUUUUCCACCCUUCCAUCCUCUUGAACAUACUGAAUCUAUCAGUUCCUCCAAUGUGGACGCCUUUGCUCCUAGCCACUUGGAAAUGGACUAUUUUGUAGAUUUCGAAACUCAGACUACGUUUGGUACUGUUACCCAUCAUUUGACCGUGCUGGAAGCUGACACAACCACCGUUUUCAUGGACGUUUGGGAUGCUGUGGAAGUUAGCAAGGCAGAGUACUGGGUGGAUCCGAGUGCCAACGCUUCGACAGCAGUUGGUCGCCAGGGCCUGUUGGCGGAUGAGCCUCUCGAGGUGGCUUUCAACAUCUCCACUCCCAACUCAAACACUGGCAAGGCUGUGGGAAUCAACGUGCCAGCCAUGCUGGAUGGCACCAAUUUUUACCUUCGUCUUACCUACCGUUCUCUUCCAGAAACCACAGCAUUGAGUUGGAUGACGCCGGAACAGACAGCAGGAAAGGAAAAACCAUUCGUCUACUCUUUGUGUCAGCUCAACUUUUGCCGUGACUGGGCACCUAUGAUGGAUACUCCCAGCCAGAAAAUCACCUACAACGCCAGCAUCACGGCUCCAAAUGGAUACGUAGUCAGUAUGAGCGGCAAUGAAACAGGAAGGGUCGCCUAUAAUGAAACUUGGACUACAACCACUUUCGAAUGUGCCUUAAAGAUCCCAUCUUAUCAGAUUGCUCUCGUCGUGGGUGACUUGGAAAUGGUAGACUUGGGUGGUCGAAUCAAGGUCUUUGCAGAGAAGCCUUACAUUGAAGCUGCGGCCGCAGAAUUUGAAGACUUGCCAGGAAUCUUGGCCGAGGCAGAGGCAUACUUGACUCCAUACAUUUGGGGUAACUACUCCAUCAUGGUCAUGCCCCCGAGCUUCCCUUGGGGUGGUAUGGAACACAUCAACGCCAAUCUUGUCUCUCACACACUGAUUACGGGUGACAAGUCCAUGCUGUCCACUGCCAUUCAUGAGAUUACGCACUCAUGGUUUGGGAACGAUGUUGGCUGCAAGAAUUGGAAUCACUUCUGGAUCAACGAGGGAAUGAACGUCUUUAUGGAACGCAAGAUCUUGGGCUCAUACUACGGAGAAGAAUUCGCAAAGAUUGACUACUCCACAGGCAAUACCUCUAUGUACUACGACGAUAUGGUAGGGCACUACGGGUUAAACAACACUUACUCCUCACUGUUUCCUGAUAUUGGAGACGAUGAUCCGGAGAACUCGUUCUCGGGUGUCCCGUACGAGAAGGGAUCCCAAUUCAUGUACUACAUCGAGAGCUUCUUGGGACAGCAAGCCAUGCAGACAAUGCUUCGUGCUUACAUUAGACAGUUUACCCAACAAGCCAUUGACCAGGAAGAGUUUCAGCAGUGGUAUUAUGGAUGGCUCGAGCAGACCUUCCCCGAAAAUGCCACGAAGCUGAUCGAACUCAGCUUGUGGGACACAUGGGUAUUUGAGCCCGGCCUUGGACCGGUGCAGAUUGACGUGGCGACUACCGCACUUGAGGAUGCCGAUGCACUUGCUUUGGAAUACAUUGAGCUGAAUACGACGUCAAGUCCUUUGUCUUUCUCCGACUACAACGAGUUCUAUCCCAAGCAGCAACUUGCUUUCAUUCAAAAGCUGGCCAACUCUGAAGGAGUUACGGUUAACCUCGUGGAGUACGUUGACAAUGACCUUGCCAUCACUGAGAGCAGCAACCCGUCCGUGAAAACUGAGUGGUAUAUCUUGGGGAUCAAAGUUGGUUACGAUGCCGUGCUGGAUCCAGCCUAUGUCUGGUUGGGCGAGCAAGGUCGAACAGCGUACUGCACACCAAUUUACCGCGCCUUGAUUGACAGUGGACGUUGUGACUUGGCUGCUGAAUGGUUCCAAGAUUACCGCGCCUCUUACAACACGUAUGUCGUCGGUGGAGUGACCCGUGCCUUGGAAGCUUGCAAGGAAGGAGCCACAAUGGAAGAAGAACCAGUCACACCCGAAGAAGAAGAAGAGCUUGAAGUGUUGACAGAAGAAGCAGAAAACAAUGAUCCAAGCGAUGAAGCACCAUCCUCCGCCGUCGCCCGCAACCUCGGCGGUAUUCUUCUUGGAAGUCUGGCUGUGUUGGCGUUGGCGUAG